AAUAAAUUGCAAAUUCGGUCAUGGCUAUUCUAGUCUAUUCAGCUACAAAAUGAGAAUCAUGCUUGUUAUCCUGCAGUCUAUAUCCAUACUGUGCAACUUAGAGAUGGUUGUCUCACUUUUGGGGGAAAGCAGAAGCUCUUCAGAAAAAACUUUCCACAGGGGAACAAGAGAACUGAAUGCUCCAUCUCCAAUAGAUUGUAAACUGAGCAGCUGGAGCGCGUGGGGGCCCUGCGACCCAUGCACCUAUCAAAGGUUUCGCUCUAGACGUAUUGAAAGAUUUGGACAAUUUGGUGGAAAACCGUGCCUGGAGGCCUUGGGAGACACACAGACCUGUGAAACCAGUGAAGUCUGUCCUGAAAAACCAGAAGCAGACUGUGGUGCUGACUUUCAGUGCACUUCUGGUCGGUGUAUAAAGCAACGACUUGUAUGCAAUGUAGACAAUGACUGUGGAGACUUUUCCGACGAAGAUGCCUGUAAAUCUGACCCACGAUCACCAUGCCGUAACCACGACAUUGACGUGUCUGAAGUUGGUAGGACUGCAGGGCACGGAAUCAAUAUUUUAGGGAUGCAGCCAAUGGCCAGCCCAUUUGACAAUGAAUUUUUCAAUGGUCUUUGUGAAAGGGUGCGUGAUGGAAACACACGGAUAUACUACCGCAAACCAUGGAACGUGGCUGUUCUCGUUUACGAUACAAAAGCAGACAAAACCUUCACAUCAAUAUUCUACCAUGAUCGUUCAAAAAUGUUACGAGAGGUCUACAUGGAAAACCAGAAACACUUUAGUGCUGGCCUGUCUCUGAAAUAUACACCUACUGAUGGAAGCGAUAUUGAUGUAGAAGGAAAUUUCAAGUAUAAUUAUAGAAAGAAUGCAACCUUAAAUUCCAUUCUGGAAAGCUCCACUGAAAGGAACCAAACCUUUCUGCAUGUAAAAGGAAAGAUUCAGCUGGGAAGAUUCCAAAUUCGGAGUCGUGAUGUCCGUCUCACAGAUAGUUUCCUAGAUGAUUUAAACGUUUUGCCUGCUGAAUAUGAUAAGGGGGAGUAUUUCAAAUUCCUAGAAGAUUAUGGAACUCACUAUGCGGUCUCUGGAACUGUAGGAGGAAAAUAUGAACUUGUGUACGUGCUGGAUGAUUACGCUAUGUCUCGAAUAGGUAUCACUGUAGAAGAUGUGCAAAAAUGCCUUGGUUAUCACUUAGAUGCCAGUAUUGCAUUUAGAAACUUGCAUGCUGAUUUUAAUAUUGAUAGUGGCAAAUGUAAAAAGAUUCAUGUGAAGGACAAAUCACAAUUAAAUGAUGAUGCUGUCAUUGAUGAUGUCCUUUCCUUAGUUGAGGGGGGAAAGAUUGACUUUUCAGUUAAAAUAAAAGAAAUGUUACUACGAGGAUCUAAAAUGGUUGAUGUGGAGGAUUACAUACAGUGGGCAAAGUCUUUAGUUGAUGCUCCAGUAGUGAUACAGCAAAGGCCUUCUCCAAUACAUACACUUGUUCCAGUUAAGAUGAGAGAUGCACAUUUAAAGAAACAAAAUUUGGAAAGAGCAAUUGAAGACUACAUUACUGAAUACAGUGUGUGCAAAUGUGAACCCUGCAAAAAUGGAGGCACUCUUGUGCUGGUAGAUGGAGCCUGUACAUGCCUGUGCUCAAGCUAUUUUAAGGGAAUUGCUUGUCAGAUUCCCAAAUCAACAUUAAUUGAAGUACCAGUUGUCAUUGAUGGAGGCUGGAACUGUUGGAGUGCCUGGUCCACCUGCAUCAAUGGAGAAAGCACUCGAACUCGCCAGUGUAAUAAUCCUGCACCAGGACCUGGUGGCAGACCAUGCCAGGGAGAAAGCAUUGAAAAACGGCCCUGUGAAGGAAGAAAAUAGCUAUACUCCUCAAAAACAG